AUGAAAUUUUUUAUUACACUUAUUACUAGUUCUUUACUUAUUGCUUCCAUAUUAGGAGCUGAAUCAACAACUGUUAUUCGUGCAAAAAGACAAUCCUGUGGAACUGCAGGUUAUUGUGGAAAUAUUUGUUGUAAUCAAGUUGUCCAACAACAACAACAACAAAAUAAUUGCCCAUGCCCAGAUAAUACUUCAAAUAACUGUCCAUGUUCUAUAACUAUAGAAAUUUCUCAAGAACAAGUUCAACAGCAAAGUGGAUGUAACUGUCAACAACAAAAUUCUUGCCCUUGCCAAGGUUCAUCUAAUUGUCCAUGUAGUAUAACUAUUGAAAUUAAUCAAAAUUGUGGGUGUCAACAACCUCAAACUACAACAACAACUACUACUACUACAACUACCACAACUCAAACUCCACUUUGCGAUUGCCAACCAGUUCAAUGCCUCUGUCAACAACCAACAACUCCAACUCCACAAAAUGAUUGUGCCUGUAAUCCAUGCUUUUGUGAACAACCAGUAGCUACAACAACUCAAUUCCCACUUUGUGAUUGUUUGCCAGUAGAAUGUUUCUGUCCACAAGAAACAACCCAAGCACCACAAAAUGAUUGUGGUUGUCAACAACAACAACAACAAACUACUAAUUGUAGCCCAUGUGAAGUUCAAGUCCAAAUUCAAGUUCAACAAGAUUGUAAUCCAUGUAACACCCAAGUCCAACAAGACUGUACUCCAUGUAAUACUCAAGUCCAACAAGACUGUAAUCCAUGUAAUACCCAAGUCCAACAAGAUUGUAGUCCAUGUAACACUCAAGUUCAACAAAACUGUAAUCCAUGUGAUACCCAAGUACAACAAGUAGUUUUACAAGAUUGUAAUCCAUGUAACACUCAAGUCCAACAAGAUUGUACCUCAUGUAACACCCAAGUUCAACAAGACUGUACUUCAUGUAACACCCAAGUUCAACAAGAUUGUAACCCAUGUAACACUCAAGUUCAACAAGACUGUAAUCCAUGUGAUACCCAAGUACAACAAGUAGUUUUACAAGAUUGUAAUCCAUGUAACGCUCAAGUUCAACAAGACUGUAAUCCAUGUAAUACUCAAGUUCAACAAGAUUGUAAUCCAUGUGCUUCACAGGUUCAACAAAUUCAACCUGUAAAUUAUUUAGCUGCUACACAAGUUCAAGUUCAAUCAUCUCAACCACAAACAAUUUCUUGUGAUUCUUCAUCAACAUGCCAAUGCCCAACUUACUAUGUUCAAUGUGCUCAACAAACAUGUUGUCUUCGUUACCAAUAUGCCAACCGUCGUUUGAAACGUUCUACCGGUAUUACCGUUUAA